AUCCUUUGUGUUUUUCGCUGUUUCGCCGGUUGUCAGUGCAAUCGCUUGCUCUUCGUCUCUCUACUGUAAUUUCCACUCUCGCGCGUUUGAAUUCUACUAUUCGCCAUGUCUCUUUGCCGGCAAAACUACCACGAGGAGUGCGAAGCUGGAAUCAACAAGCAAAUAAAUUUGGAACUUUAUGCAAGCUAUGUCUACACUUCGAUGGCGUGCUACUUCGACCGUGAAGAUGUCCAUCUACCUGGAUUCCACAAAUUCUUCAAGAAGCAGGCGCACGAAGAGAGAGAGCACGCAGAGAAGCUGAUGAAAUUCCAGAAUCAGAGAGGUGGUAGAAUAGUUCUUCAAAACGUCAAGAAACCCGAGCGCGAUGAGUGGGGCAGUGGCCUCGAAGCCAUGCAGACUGCUCUAGACUUGGAAAAGCACGUCAAUCAGGCGCUUAUUGAGCUGGAGAAGACAGCUGAAAAGAACGGAGACGCACAGAUGUCAGACUUCAUCGAGGAUCACUUUUUGACGGAGCAAGUUGAGAGCAUCCGAGAGCUUAGCGGAUACAUAGCGGUUCUUAAGAAAGUUGGCCCUGGACUUGGCGUCUACCAGUUUGACCACGAGACAUUGGGCGAGCUGUGAGGUCACCUGUUAUACCUCAAACGUUCUUCAAACGGAAUUGUUUAUUAAUCAAUAGCGUCAUUAAAUCAAUAAAAUUAACCGUAAAGAUUAUUAAAAAAAGUAACCAACGACCUUAAAAAAUCUGGUGAUUUACUUUUUCUCGCUUAGAUUACCUAAUAUGAAUAAAGACACAAGAUAUAUAUGAUGAA